UGCUCGGCGCAGCCGCAGUACCGAUGUGGACUCCGCCAUCGGGGGAAAGGCACAGAGACUCUUCGACAGACAACCCUCGCACGUUUCUAACGUCUUUAACAGCAAGUUGAUCUUCAAAUACUGUUUUUAUCACCUGACUCGGGCUCCCGUUUUAGUUACUGCGGAUGAAAUAGUUCGACCGCUCGCUGUAUACCAUUAUUACCCAAGCGCGUAGUCUUUUUUAACCAUAAUCUAGAAGUAACGGUCAGUGGAGAACCUGAGCAGCCUAGCUAACGUUAGCUAGCGACCUGGCUAGCUGCACACGAGCUGAGCGGUGCUCAGUGGUGGGGUGGGGUGGGGGGGCGGUUUGCCUACAGUGGCGUUUGAUGGAUCCUAGAAUCGCCUGGUUUCAGCCAGAACAACGGGGACCCGCUAACAACCUGUGGAUGCAGAUUUGGGAGACGACGCAGGGGUUCGGGUAUUUGCACGUCAAUAGCAGCUAUUCCACGGGAUCUCAGAGCACUCCGAGCCUGAAACCAAUCGUCAACAACGGUGCGUCGGGAGCCGUCCUCACUUGCAGAAACGGGACGCUCGACUCGCACAACGGUGGUGGAGACGUCAAGACUCAGGGGAUGUCUACCUCAGCGGGGGUUGGAGAAAUGACGGAACAGCGGGACUUUAUACCACUGGACACCAACAGCAACCACAACAACCGAGCCGCGGGGAGGGGCGGUGUCGGUGGAGGGGGGCAGCAGGGCAGUGGGGUUGCUGUGCUUUGGAGGGGACUCACGGACGGACACCCCAACAAAAGAAAGAGAGACAAUAAAGCUAGCACUUUCGGAUUCAAUUCCAGUCUCUUGAACAAUGGUUGCGGCUCUAACACGGAAAGAUAUGAAGGUUACACGGGCACGCCUUGGAAAGUCAGGAACUACUCUGAAGGAGUUGUGGGCUUGCACGAGGAAAUCAAGGAUUUCUACGAGUACAUCUCCCCACGUCCAGAGGAGGAAAAGAUGAGAUUAGAGGUUGUGGACAGAAUAAAGGGAGUCAUCAAGAACCUUUGGCCCAGUGCUGAGGUCCAAGUGUUUGGAAGUUUCAGCACUGGCCUUUACCUGCCAACAAGUGAUAUUGAUCUGGUGGUUUUUGGGAAGUGGGACACGCUGCCUCUUUGGACCCUGGAGGAUGAACUGCGAAAAAACAAUGUGGCAGAUGAGAACUCCAUCAAAGUUUUGGAUAAAGCAACGGUUCCCAUCAUCAAACUUACUGAUUCCUUUACUGAGGUCAAAGUGGACAUCAGUUUUAACGUGAACGGAGGGGUUAAAGCUGCGCGGCUCAUCAAGGAAUUUAAGGAGAAAUAUCCUGUCCUGCCUUACUUAGUCCUUGUGCUGAAGCAGUUUCUACUUCAGAGAGACCUCAAUGAGGUUUUUACUGGUGGAAUUGGUUCCUACAGUCUCUUCCUCAUGGCUGUUAGCUUCCUGCAGCUUCAUAACAGGGACGUUUCUAGCCCCAACAUAAACAUCGGUGUUCUGCUAAUUGAAUUCUUUGAGCUCUAUGGUCGCAACUUCAACUACCUGAAGACAGGCAUCAGGAUAACAGACGGUGGUUGCUAUGUUGCCAAAGAUGAGGUUCAGAAAAACAUGAUGGAUGGAUACAGGCCCUCUAUGCUCUACAUUGAGGAUCCUCUGCAGCCAGACAAUGAUGUUGGCCGGAGCUCAUAUGGUGCCAUGCAGGUGAAGCAGGCGUUUGAUUAUGCCUAUGUUGUCCUCGGCCAUGCUGUGUCACCCAUUGCCAAGUAUUACCCCAACAAUGAGAACGAGAGUAUACUUGGCCGGAUAAUCCGAGUGACUCAGGAAGUGGAUGAGUACAGAGAAUGGAUCCGAAAGAACUGGGACAGCCAGUCUCAGAAUGAUCGCUCUCUCAACAGAAAUGACGUCAAAUUACUUGAGUCCAAACAGCUUGACGAGUGCAACAACAACUUCCCAGACGACGAAGAUGUUGUGGUUCUUCCUUCUGCUCCUCACAGCAAGUCCUCUUCCAACACUUCUUCUCCACUUCCGUCUCUGGGCUCGUCUCCUUCCUCGUCCCCGCUGUCGCCGUCUUCCACAUCCUCCAGCGAUGCGGAUUCGGAUGGUACUCCUUGCAAGACAGUCAAGCAACAGCCUGUCCGAAAUGCUAGCACACACAGAGAAAAGUCUACGGUGGUCAGUAAUCACCGCAUACAGAACCACUCUGCCAGCACUCCACCUGCAAGCAACAAAGGAGGAAAGGCCAGGAUGUCUCGUUCCAACAACAAGAGCGGCCACCAAGGCCAGCAGAACUCCUCCUUCAGCUCCAGAAGUCAUCAGAGUUACAAGCCACACCACCAAGGGAACAGCAAGAAGAGGAAAAACAUACGAGACUCUACACAAGAGGAUCUUUGCAGAUAGGGGCUUGUCUGCUCAUCCGUGUCGUCACCGACAACCAUCUCCCUUCCCCCUCCCACAUCCCCGUCUGCAACUGACUAUCCUAUCCCACUUCUGCUGCCAGAGGGGGAAGUCGUUGGUUUGAAAACUUCUGCAGAAUCGGUCACCCAUUUUUAUGGUGGCAGGUAUUUUCUAGCAGAAAUAGGAAAAAAAGUGUUAUUGACCAUAGGUUUAAUUUCUUGGAGCUGAACUGAAUCACAGACACUCAUCUGCUUUCCAGCAGCUUUUACAAAGUAGUUAUUCCUUCCCACAGCCAGCCUCUUGUGCCUCCUUCUGUCGAGGAUCGAACAGGUUGGAUGUCUGGAAACUCGACUGGAGCAACAUCUGGAACUCCCGGCUGGGAAAAAAAAAAGGAUCAAAACUAUUGUGCAAAAAUGUUUAAAAAAAAUUAGAAAUUGCAAAAUGUACAAAAAUAUAAUGCUGAAAAACAAACAUACACGGAUUUUCUUUUAAAGCUGUUCGCUUACAAAUCAAUCAGUAAGAGUGGGAAAUAACUUAUGCAUGAGAUUUUUUUCUGUUGGGAUUCUACUGUUGGAUUAAUCUGUUUUGUUAUGUCCAAACAGAUUGUACAAAAAUUUGUACAAAAACAAGCAUAUGCAAAAAAAAAAAAAAAAAGUUAACAAGUUUCAUACAAUGUUUUUACAAGAUUUCCUGAUUGAAGUCACAAACAUGCACAUCUUAUUCCUGUUCCUGUUUGGCUAAAGCCAACGGGUGGUUUGGAUCCCAUUGCCAACGGAAAUCAUCAGCAUCCAUUUUUACUCCUGGUCCCUGUCUAUGAUUGUGCUACUGUGUUAAUAUUUAGCCUUGAGAGAGCGAGAGCUUAGACUAUGUCUCCAUAGAUGACAGAAAGGAGCUCUGUCGCAUCAAGCUCAGUAGCACUACCACACCAGUGUAAAGGCUUUAAAACUGCAGAUUUAAAUAUAUAUUUGUGGUGAUAAUGGUUUUAUGAAAAAUCCUAAACUUGAAAUGUGUCAACAGUUAAACUAUGGGGGGUGGGGAUAAUCAGUUUAUUUGGUAAUCUACCUAUUACAGAAUCGUUUGUAUUCGUUAAAUGUAUUUAUUUUUUUAUUAAUUACAUGAACAUAGUAUGGAUAAACGUAUUAUUAACAUUAGAGCCCAUAGCUUCAAGUCCUAUUUUUGAAAUAGAAUAUGUCAUGGGAAGGUGGGGUGGGGUAGGAACAAGCAUUCAGGUACAGUAAAAUAUCACCUUUUAUUGUUUCUGCUAGACUCGUUUUUCUUUUUCCACUGACUGUUGAGUGACCAAGUUUCUUUUGAUAAUUGAAGAGACCAUUUUGUAGGUCAUAUAUUGAGAAAUUUCUUUUAAUUUGUGGCUGGUCUAUCUA